AUGAGCAAAUUCUUGCAGCAUCUCGAGAACGGGGCCAGUUCCGUCCUCACGGCUGUCACUUCAGCUCUUGCGAGAGUACAGACUGAAGCAAUGAGCCUUGAGAAGGAGAUGAGAAACACGACUGUUGAGGUAGGCUUUCUGCGGCAGAUGCUACAGGCUUUGCACGAUGAGGCGCUGGGCCGAGAGGCACAAAUGGUGGACCUUCAUCAAGUACACAGUGAGAAUCACCAUGAGCUCGCUGUCUCCCUCCAGUCCAGACUCGAUUCUCUUCUGCAACACGAAAUGGCUAGGAUAUCUCAGAAAGUCGAGACUGUUGACUCUUCACUAGAAUGGCUCUCAGAGAGACUGGGACUUGUCUUGCAGAAGGAACUGAAAAUAACCGAGCGUCUGCGAAAUUUCGAAACAUCGUUUGAUGCUUCUCAGCUGAAAGCCGAAAGUCUGCACAAAGUCCAAUUGCAGCAAGUGGAGGCGCUCCAGGCGCAAUAUAUGUUACAGAAGCAUAUGGAGAAUAACUUUCAAAUCUCUCAGGCGCUCCUUGACCGAGCUACUGCGACUGCUGCGAAUUUGCAGGCGAUGAUUGAUGAGACGACGACAAGAUACAAGCAGUCUCCUGUUGUCGGCUCUCUUUUCGGGCCACACUCUGCAUGGACAGUUUGUAGUCUUCUCCUCAGUUUCAUGGCUGCCCUUAAUCCAAGACUGGCUCUGGCAGCGCUCUUUAUCGGCGCCAUUCACUUCAUGAUGACUCGGUUUUAUUAA